GCCAUCUUGAGAUCAACGCAUUGUUGAAUUCAAGCAGCUCCUACACAGCUCGCCAUUUCCUUCAUUUUUUCUGAAAAUGAGUGAUCAGCUCUGUAAGCUCUUCGUCGGUGGACUGAAUGUGGACACCGACGACGAUGGCCUCCGCAAGCAUUUCGAGCAGUACGGCACCCUGACCGACUGCGUGGUCGUCGUGAACAAGCAGCUGCAGCGCUCCCGCUGCUUCGGCUUUGUUACCUACUCUUCGCCGGAGGAGGCAGAUGCCGCCAUGGCUGCCAGGCCGCACACCGUCGACGGCAACGCGGUGGAGGUGAAGCGAGCAGUGGCCAGGGAGGACGCAAAUAAACCCGAAGCUCUGGCUAAAGUGAAGAAAAUCUUCAUCGGUGGGCUGAAAGACGACAUCGAAGAGCAACAUUUGACCGACUACUUCUCCCAGUACGGUGAGGUAGAGAAGUCUGAAGUCAUCUCUGAGAAGGAGACGGGGAAGAAGAGGGGAUUCGGAUUCGUGUACUUCACCGACCAUGACUCAGCUGAUAAGGCGGUGGUGGUGAAGUUUCACACCGUUAAUGGACACAAAGUCGAGGUGAAGAAGGCCUUAACGAAACAAGAGAUGCAGGCGGCGAGCAGAAACACAAUGGCGCCGAGGGGCAGGCCGGGCAGAGGCAUGAGAGGCAAUCAAAAUGGCUACGGAGGCAGGGAUUAUGGCGGAAGCUACAACUACGGAAAUGGCGGCGGUGGCUACAACUGUGGCGGCUACGGAGGGUACGGUGCACCGUACGGAGGCGGUUAUGGCGACCAGGGAAGCGGCUACGGUGGUGGCAACGGCUACAACGACUUUGGCAGCGGUUACGGCCAGCAAUCCUCUGGUUACGGUCCCAUGAAAGGGCCGCCUUUCGGGGCCCAGAGGAGCGCUGCUCCCUACACCAGAGGAGGCGGCGGUGGCGGCGGAUACCCCAGGGGGGGCUACGGCGGUGGCGGCGGCGGCGCCUACUGAAAUGUGACACCCUGAAACACCCGCCCCCCACUCCCAGCUACACGUUACUCCUGGCCAUUUGGACGCAAAACUCAGUCACUAGUGGGGCGUCUGCCGUGAAUCCCAUCCCUCCCCCACCUGAACCCCCAAACAGGUGUUCUUACUCGUAUUCCUGUAGGCUAUCCCAGCCAUAAUAGCCGUAGCAGUUUGUUUGUAGGCUACGUCAGGACCCUGUUGAUUACCUGGGGUCGAUUGUGAUAGGAGUCUGAAAUAUCUCUUUAGGAUAUCCACAUCCAGCCAACUAGGUUGCCUCUGUAACCUGGACUGUAGGCCGUCACCCUGGAAGCGAUGGGGUGUGUCUCCAUGCUGACAGGGAACCGAAGAGGGCCUGAACCUUCUUUCCCUUCAGGUGAAAUACGUUGUUGUGAAACAUGACCACUCUUUUUAGGUUGUGGAAGCUUUUCAUGAUUCAGUGCCUCUGGAUCUCUGAAUAUGACUAGUGCUGAUUAUCACAGAAGGUGGCACUAAAGAUACUUUUUUUUUUUUUUGUAAGUAUACAUUUUUUUUUACAUCAUGUAACACCUUGUUUCCUUAUAUGCAGAUGGGUUCUAUGUAGUAAGUUAUGGGAGUUGAUGUAAAACUGAACUUACAACAUAAACAAUGCAGUGCAUCAUUUAAAAUACACAAUUUACACCAAAACUGUAAGACCAAAGCAGAACCAAUAGGAUGCCUGGAUUUGGGCUCUUCUGCAGCAGUCUGAUCGAUUAGUGACUGAACUGUUCUGAGUUGAAGGGGUCUUCAUCUUAUCUUCUCUUACUUGUAGGUUUUUUUUCGUGCUUGGCGGUUUCUGAUCAUCUGAGGAUGAGGAGCUUCUGUACUGUUUUUAUUAUUAUUUUUUUUUUUUUAUGAAUGCCCAAUAAAUAUCUAUUUUCAUAUA